CAAUUUCAGUUUCCGCCUCUGAACUCUACAACUUGACUAAAAUAUGUCUUCACCACAGCUUACUUUCUAUGGGUUCAAGGUUAGCGCCAACGCGAUGAGGGUCGCUAUUGCUCUCUCGCACGCCAAGGCCGAUUUUACAUUCUGUAGCAUCGAUCUGAUGAACAAGCCUGAGUGGUUUGUGUCCCAGGUUAACCCUGCAGGCAAGGUUCCUGCCGUAACCAUUGGCGGUCCUAUCGUCCCGCCGGACCAGCCAUCCCCUGAAUCAGCCAAGAUCGCAGAAUCGCUGGUUAUCCUCGAGCUCGUUGCGGAUCUAUACCCGUCAUCGCGGCUCAUGCCCUCCGACCCGGUCGAGCGCGCCAAAGUCCGCUUCUUCAUGCAGACGCAGCAGACCGUGUUUGCGAACAACUACUUCCCGUGGUACGCGCUCGGAAAAGCCAACGGGUGGAAGGACCUGUACGAGGGCGCCAAGGCGCUCCAGGCGCUCUUGCCCGAGAACGGGACGGGAUAUGCGGUAGGUAAUCAGUUGACGAUUGCGGACUGCGCCUUUGCACCGCUCUGGGGGAGGACGAAGGUGUGCUUUGAGCGGUGCAUCGGACGGUUCGAUCCAGAGGAAGCGAAGCUGUUCAAGGAGGCCAUGGAGGCCCCCGAGAUGGCCAAGUUUAGGGCGUACACGGAUAGGCUAUUCGCGCAUCCAAGCGUGAAGGAACAUUGGGAUGAGGAAUUCAUUGCCACAGCUUCGAAGGGCUUGGUUGCAGUGUUCGAGAAACGAUUUGGUCCUAAGCCGUAAACCACCUGAAUUCUUUCUUCCCUAUAUCUGCAGUGGAUCAUUUGUAUAAUAGUAAAUGUGGCCCCUGACAACAACGUCCGAGUACAUAAACGAUUUGC